AUUACACUUUUAGGGUCCGUUAAUUGCAUAAAUUUUUUUUUUAAAUUUUUACAUUUUUACAAUUUUACAUUUUGCUUUGUUUUACUUGUUUAACUAUGUUUAACCAUAGUUAACUCAGAAAUUAGUCUAUUCUGUAUGGUUAAAGUUGAAUCUUUUUAUGCAAAACGGCUUGUUUUCUUCUGAGCACUUCCAGAAGACCUAUUGGCCAUUGCAAAAAUUACAUCAUUCAGCAGUGAUUUUCUUUAUUCUGAUUGGUGCAAGAUAUGAUAUCAUUGUUGGUUAUAACAAAUGAGGUAGAUGGUUUAUAACAGCAUUCUAGUGGAAACUUUUAUAUAAUAUUAUAUAUUUUUAGAUUUUCUCCAAGUUAACCUCACUAAGUAUGGAUGGUUUAGCCUUUUUGAAUAUCACCCAGGAGAACUUAAACAAAGCCAAAAUGGUUGUAGAGAAAAGUCCUUUUGUUUUGAGGACACCAAUUCUCAAAAAUGCUGAAGAACUGUUUGGAUUGGAUAAAAGAUGCAAUCUCCAUAUUAAGUUAGAAACUCUACAGAAAACAGGUUCAUUUAAAACCAGAGGGCUUGUUAAUCAGUUGGCUCACUUGCCACCAAGUGUAUUAGAGGACAAAAAAAGUCUGGUGGCAAUGUCUGCAGGGAACUAUGGAAAAGCAUUUGCCUUUGCUGCUCAACAACUUGGCUUGCCGGCAACUGUGGUGAUGCCUGAUGUUGCCCCAAUCAGCCGAGUCAAGAUUAUUGAGGGCUAUGGUGCUCAUGUUGAAAGGGUGCCAGUGCAAGAAUUAAAACAGACCGUUGAUAGACAUGUCAUUCAAGAUGGCAUGCAUUUCCUCCAUUCCUUUGAUGAUACUAAUCUUAUAUGUGGCUGUGCUAGUGCAGGAUUUGAAAUGCUUGAUGACAUUCCUAAUCCCGACAUUGUUGUUGUGUGUUGUGGAGGUGGAGGUCUUCUGUCAGGCGUAGCUGCUGCAAUGAAGCACUCGGGAAAGACAACAAAAGUGUAUGGAGCUGAACCUGAGGGAGCUCCAAAAAUGUUUCAAAGUUUGCAAGAAGGCAAAGCUGUGACCUUGAAGUCAAUAGACACAAUAGCAAGUGGCUUGGCUCCACCAAUGGCAGGAAAAAAUAACUUUGAGGUGAUAAAAAAUUGUAUUGAGGGCAUUAUUCUGGUUUCAGAUGAGGAAAUAGGAAGGGCAAUGAGAGUACUUUAUGAUGGUGGUUUGGUGGUAGAACCAUCUGGUGCUGCAGCAUUUGCAGCGUUACUUGCCAACAAGGUCCCAGGUGUCAAAGAUAAUGCACAGCAUCCAUUUUAAAAGUAAUGGUGUCCAGGUCUGGUACAACUGCAGGAACAGAGUAUGUAAAUUCGAUAGAUGUGGUAGGUUCACCAAUUCCAAUGCAUAAUGAGGCC